AUGUCCUACCAGACAGGAAAAGGUGCUGGAAUCGGAACUGGGUACAAACGCACGUGGGUGGACGAAGUCUCAACGUGGAUAGUGCCGACCGUUAUUCGUCCGUCUCAAGAUGGUCGCCGCGCGCUUGUCUAUCUCGACAGGCAGUGGCGCGAAGCGAGAGCUGUGCAAGAGCUCAAGAGCCUCCCUGAACGCUUGGAUCGGGAGAGGGCCGAUGGAGAGGACAGGAGAGGUGUCUGGCUUUGGCUUGUGGAUGUGUAA